GCCAUGCGGUUUGUUUAUCUUGUGUUUCCAAACAUGAGAGGUUAUGUUCGUUAGAGAGUGAGUCUUCUUCUUGUCCGCUUUCCCAGUUAAAUUGCUGUUACCCUAACACACUACCGUUAUCCAAAAACAAGACCUGUGAACAAUGAGGACUUUAUAUUUUCUCGAGACGGGCCAGAAACUCAACGACAUCAAGCCGUCUGAGAGGAAGCGAGCGCUGCUGGUAUCUAAACAGGAAUGGUGCAAGUUCGCGGAUCACUUGGUCCGCGACCAGAGAGUCUUGGAGGCAGCGGAGAAAGAACGGGAGGAAUUGGAGAAUAGAAAACUCCAGUCCAAAGAGAUGGCUAAGACAUGGGACAACACGAUCAUUAAUAUCAGGAGGCGGCGUAUUGAAAACCGACGCUUCCAAAUAGCGCAAUUGGAGAAGGACAGAAGAAAGAGAUUUCUUGAGAUGAGGCAAGAAGAAGCUGAUAAUAAAAAGAGAAUUAUCGAUGAAGCACAGCAGAUUUUGAGAAGAGACAAGGACAAUUCUAAGUCACUCAUAAGUGCUCUUAAGUAUUCUGAGGUAUUACGAGAAAGAGGAGAACAAAUCAAAUUUGAAAAGAAGCUGCAAGAAAUAGAGAAUGAAAGAGAAAGGGAAUAUGCAGAAAAGCUCAAAGCAGACGUAGAAAACUACAAACUCGAAUUAGCACAGGAGAAGGAGAAGGAAAUCAACAAGAAAAAGAAACUUAAUGAAGAAGUGCGGAAAGAAAUGGCUGAGCUGGUGAAGAGAAAACAUGAUGAAGAAGUAAUGGAAAGGGAACUGGAAGCUCAAGAUAAUAUUAAGAUAAUGGAAGAAAUCAAAACUGUUCAAGAAAAUGAAAGGAAAGAGAAAGAGAGGAAAAGACAACUAGUGAUGAAGGAUGUAAUAGAGAACAGGAGGUUGAUUGCAGAAUAUGAAGCUCAGUGUAAACAAGAGCAGGAAGAAGAGGAAGCAGCAAUUCACAUACACGCAAACACCAAGAAAAGAAUAGCUAAGAUCAAGAAAGAAAAAGAACGUGAGGAAGCAAUAGAAAAUCAAAUCCGAAGGGAGAAAAUAAGCCAGACCGUUGCUGCUAAAGCAGCGGAUAGGGAUGCUGAAGAAAACAGAAUAAUUCAGAAGGCUCUUGCAGAGAGAGAAGCAAGAGAAAAUGAGUUACUUGAAAAGAAGAAGGCGUAUAAAGAACAAUUGGUUCGUGAACUCAAGAAAGAGAGACUACACCAGCUAAAAUUAGAGGAAGAAGAAAAACAGAGACAAAAGGAACUAAUGAAGUUCAGCAUAAUGCAAAGAUUAAAAAACAGUGAAGUCAAUGCAGAAUUUACUGAUAAAAUGCAAGAAAAAAAGAGAGAGAAUAUGGUGAUUAACAGAAAGAUAUGGGAUGAGCAGUGUAAAGAAAUAGAAGCAUUAAGAGUAGCUGAAAGAGCCCAAGAUAUUGAUGCAGUAGCUAGAUCAGUGGAGUGCUGGAAUCUGGAGGAUAAAAUCUUCUUGGAAUAUGCAGAAACUGUGCUUGAAGAGAGUAGAAAGAAAUCAAGACCACUUCUUCCAAUGCUUAAAUAUAUUGAGAAAUUUAAAAAGGAAGUUGGCCUUACAGCCAGACCGAAGCAACACAAAAUAUGGCAGUCAAGAGUUCCUAUCAACAACAAACUGUUUGAAUGUCCAGCUGCAAAACAACAACAAUCCGAUCCGUGGCCGAGUAAAAGAGAUUUGAAUAAAUCAAACAAUGAAAUUUCGUAGAUGAUUCAUUUUAUGUCAGAAUUUGUGUUUAUACAUAUAAUGCAAAAUAUUUUUGUCACACCGUAUUAUAUAUUUUAAGACCAAUGAAGAACAUAUGAAUGGGAAAUAUUUUGAAACAUCAA